UAUGGCGAACCACGGCGGAGCACCGCUCGCUUUUCGUAUUAUCCUAGUGCUCGCCACAGUGAUUGCAGAGUUGGAUUUUCCUCGAAAGGAACUGCCCAGCUCUGCAGGAGAAUCGAGUGAAGGACGGAAGCCGAGAGUGUACCGAUGGGCCAACGAACUGGACACGACACUCGUGACGCGACUCACUGCUAUAUCCGGAAUUGAAACGCUUCGGAAUAACUAUGAGGAUAUGGGGCAGGCAACACGCGUGGAAAUCAACGGUACAGAGCUGCUGCUGAGAAUGACUGCGGAGACUGAGAAGAAUUUGCAGAAGAAGAAGAACGCACUCAGGCGCCUCGUGAAGAAAGCUGAAGAUGCUGUUGUGAAACACAAGUAUGUCGCCGAUCUGGAGCAGGAAGAGGUGAACAUACCGCUGAUGACGAGCAAGGAGGACAAAAACGCUGAGUCGCCCUUACGCUACAGCGAAAGAUUUGGUCGCCCCGUGAACAUGUCUUUCUCGGGAGUUCAUAUUCCUCUGGAAAUCUUCCAAGGAGAUGCACAGAUUUUGAAUGGUAUCAAGUGGUCUCAAGCUCUGGAUGUGGCCUUCCGACAGAAUGCCGAGAAGGACCCGGACCUCUUGUGGCAAUACUUCGGAAGCGAGGUUGGCUACAUGCGGAUGUUCCCAGCAAAUCGUUGGAAGGCCGGAAAACCGGAUCUGUUCGAUGUCCGAAUGCGACCUUGGUUUAUUGAUGGAUCCAGCUCGCCAAAGGACGUCAUCGUACUUAUGGAUACGAGUGGAAGCAUGCACGGUCCAUCCAUGGAGAUGAUGAAGCUUUCUGUGAAAUCACUGUUGGAUACCUUCGAAGAGAACGACUUCAUCAACGUCGCUUGGUUCACGUCUCAAGUCCGGUGGAUCUCAUGCUUCGAUACACUUGUACAGGCCAAUAGAAGGAACAAACGGAUCCUGGCCCGGAGUGUAGACCUGGUGACCGACGGCGGCACAGCGUCCUUAUCACAUGCCCUAGAGUUUGCCUUCAAUAAGUUGGACGAGUUCCGAAACAAUCGAACAUCGUAUGCCGGGGCAGAGUGCAUCCAGAUGAUAAUGAUUUUCACGGAUGGUGGAACGGAAGAUCCUUCUGCUCUCGUCAAGAAGCUGAAUGCGGACAAGCAGGUUCGGAUCUUCACGUACGUCGUAGGACCUCAUCCGAUUCCCUACGCUACGCUCAAGGCACUCGCUUGCAACAAUAGGGGUUACUUCUCGGCGAUCACAUCAUUUGGUUCGAGCAGGUACAAAGUCCAGGAAUAUAUCAAAGUGUUAAGCAGACCAAUGGUUCUUUCUGGAGAGAAACAGUUUGCCUGGACAAAUUUUUAUAAGGAUUCUGGCGGUCUCGGCCUCCUAACAACGGCCACUUUACCAGUUUACAAUAAGACACGAGGAAGUAAGGAUCAGUCCAUCGUUGGAGUGAUGGGAAUCGACGUGUCGCUUCAAGAACUCAAAGACCAUGAACCAACCUACAAGAUCGGCCCUUCCGGGUACUCUUUCAUGAUCAACCGUAAUGGGUACGUCAUGUACCAUCCCGACAUGAAACUGCAGCUCGGAUCGAUGGAAGAGCCUCUCGACAUUGAUCUGCUUGAUGUUGAGAUUGAAAACGGCCAAAAAAAGAAAAUUCGAAAGAGAAUGAUAGAAGGUCAUUCUGGACAAGAAACCAUCAAAAGCUUGGUUCGGAUGCCUGACGAGAAACAUGUCGUACCGCAAACGCUCACAUAUUACUACAACCACAUGAACGACUCGGAAUUUGGCGUGGCUCUGGUGUUUCCCGAAAAGAGAAAGUAUUACAUCCGUGUGGCCGGGAUUCGUGUGGACGACGGUUUCCGGUCUGAAACGGACCGUGGAGAUGGGAUCCUUAUAGCACCAUGGCGCUACUGUAAAAACCUUGCACGAGUACGAGGUCCUGCAGGGAUGCUCUCUCAAGUGCUGCACGCCUACCGGACUGAACCUCAUCAGUGCGAUUCCCUGCUUGUACAGCGACUCCUAUGGGACAUGGAGCGCACACGAGCAGUAGUCAGUAACUGGACCAACCUCACUGAAGACAGGGACGGUAUCAUUGGAACAUUUGUAGGAACAGAGGGUGGCCUAUUACGCUUCCAUCCUGAUAGCAUGGAAGAAGAACUAAGAUCCGAAGCAGAUCCUCUGAAGGCGUCCUACUUUCGUCGUGCCUUAUAUGCUGAGGACUUUGUCUUUGUGCUGAGCAAGACGAAAGCUGGACAGAACAGCAGCCGCGAACCGCUCAUCAUCGCCGCCAAAGCGGUCGACGUUUACUUCAAGAAAUUCGACCUAACGCCAGCAGUCGUUGGUCUACUAAUCGAAGAGCGAAUCAUGCGUGAGUCAUUGAUGAGCAUGACAGCGAAUGGACAUCUUCGUUGCGCGGACGAGGAGUACGUUGUCUGCUACCUCCUUGAUGAUGGUGGAUUCAUUCUAACUUCAAGCAGCGACGAUCAUUCGGAGAACGUAGGAAAAUUCCUGGGAAGCGUCGAUCCCGAACUCAUGGACGACAUGCUCAAGAAAUCUGUCUAUUACAAGUUUGAAGAGCUCCAGACAGAGUCCCGAUGCCCGAGGGAGCGCAAGUACACAGCAGGUUCACCAUCCACACAGAUGGGAAACCUGUUAAGCGCCGUCACUUGGAUCUUGGACUUGACGUCCUGGAAACUCAUCAAGUUCUGGGUAUAUUCUUGGCUGGCAAGCUUUGUGGCUGGGGAUACGGCAUACGAACCGGAGGAAUACCGCGUGUGCACCACGCGACAAGCACUAUAUUACUUCAAGAACAGAAUCGACUACUUGAUAGGCAACAUUGAAUGCGGAAAUUGCUCUAGGGAAUAUGGCGUGGCACAAGUGGGUUACACUAACGUCAUCUUUGUCAUCUCUGCCAUGCCCUGUUCACCCGUCUUCUGCAAUCCGCCCCCUACACCUCUACAGGCUCCUAUUGAAGUGGACGAUCCAGCACCCUGCCAACAUCCACUACGCUAUAGACGGCGACCAGACAAAUGUUACGCUCAACACCCAAGGGAGAACUACAACGUAUGUGGUGGCACCUCACCAGCAACCGGUGGUGCUUUCCCAGCCGUCAUCCUCCUAAGCAUCGCCAUCAUAGCCGCCCAAUGAGCACGCCUGACAACCACCUUCUCCUGUUUGCAAAUUCUGCUCUCCUAGUCCACGCCGUCAUCCAAGCACUCAAGGACAGCAUCCAUCCUAGUUUUCCAUUAUGUAGAGGAGAAGGACUGCUCCGUUUCUUAAUGUGUAUCAUACGUGACAUCUUGUUCAGUUGUUGCGGUUGAGUGGCAUAGAUGUAGACUCCUUACCCGUUGUAUACUACACGCAUUCCCAUUGAUUUAUUUCAAAUGCAUUCCGUAGGUGACACCAAGAAGGUCCUUCCAGCAACUAUACUGACAUUCUUUGUGGCGCGUUGCUCUAAUCCGCGUCAUCUAAAGUCAUAUUGAUAAAAGUGCAGGCCAAGAUGUUUUUUUAACCUCUUUAUACAACCAGGGAUGCCGACCGCCCCUUUGAGCUCAGGCUGUGGUGGCCCUUUAACGCAUACAGCCUAAAUCUCUUUCGUCGCAAAAAUUAGUGCUGUGGUGAUCUCGCUUGUCAGGUCAGCGGAGCACUUUCGAGGAUCGUCUGCUACCGAGAGCGAGACAAUCUCUCCUAACGAGACCCUUUUCUUUCCAUAAUAUUCAGUUGUGCAGCAGCGUAUGUGCCUUCCUUUGUGUUCCCGGAUGUUGAUACAACUUGGCUGAUACACACAUGACUUAGGGAUAUUAUUGCACGAAUGUCACAUCCCCCUGCUUAAUUCAAUUCACUUGUUUAUUUCUCAUUCAGCGAUGGGUGGGGUCGACGAAAACAGCUUGACGAGUCCCCUAAAAGUUUAGGUGACAGCAGCAUCUGAUACAGAGUAGCACCGGCUGAAGAACCUGAAUAGUACACAUAUGGGGGGAAGGCAAUCUGGGACACCAAAAAGGAUACACAUUACGAAGUUCGCAAAAGUGCCAUAAAAGUACACGCAUAAAAUCCAUACUGGUAGAAAAGGUGUAUAAAUAAUAUAAACGUAACUUUGAGUAGUUAUGUCUGGUAGCUGCUUCCGCGAGAUACGCGAAAGGUAUAUACCUCAGGGAGACUUCGGAACCAAAUGGAUUUCAAGCACAAUUAUUUCCACCAACUGAACACAGUUGUGAAAUAUCUCGCUUGAAAACGACUUUGGAAAUUUGCAAAGCUCUGGCUCCCACCGAACGUCGAUGGAAAUCCUUUCUCUGCUCGGACGACGUCAUACCCAUUGCUGAUGUUUCUUUCCAUCUUCUUCCAUUGUUUUGUUCCGGGAAUGUAACGCAGCGGCUAUGACCGGCGUGGUAGACUACGGUCUACUCCAUGCAGGGUGACGUAACGCGUUGACAUUCGGAAGGGAAAGUUUUUGAGACUCCUCUCCACAUUCUUGUUUCGGUUUCAUUGUUCGCUUAUUUGAGGCAUAAUUCGUCACAUGAGAAAGAAAGUUGAUGUUAUGCACCAACUAGGAUGUGUUUCACCGAUCGUUCCGGAGUAUCCCUUUAAAGCAAUUUUGUAUAGCAUAUGUUGUGCAAAACCUGGAAACAUGCCAAUGUUCAAAAUGCAUACUAGAAUAUAGGCAUACACGAAUUCAAAUGUAGACCCACUAAGGUUGGCGGCAUUUAUUGCCGUCUUUUUAUACCUUAUGUAGUAUAAAUUAAAGUAGUACUUACAAUGUUAAAUUUCAACAGUAGCUCUGUUGUACGAUUACCUGUAGCACGUAGAAUGUCUUUUGUAACGUAUACAUUUUGUUCUUAUCAACUAUCCAACUAUGUUCGCAACAAAAGCACCUGCUCAUUCCAUUUUCGUGCUGUUUUUUGCGGGAACUUAGUUCUAGUAAGGAACGUCAGUUAAGACUUGUUUGUGACCAGAAUGUGUUGAUGACCUCUCUCUGUCGUGUCAAGACUCAGUUGGUGGUAGGGCCGUUGCGCUCAUAAUAUCAAGAUAGAGAGGUGUCAUCUAAAGCACAUUCUAUUGCCGGUGUGAUCAUUUGGACAAUGUCAUUCAGCCAUUUUUUCACAGUAGGUUAUUAGAUCGCCUAUGGUUGUGUACCCAUCAUGAACCUAGUUUACCGAAUCCCGGCUCACCGGAUACAUUGAGGGCCAGCCUUAAUAUUCUCUGUCAGUUGAAUCUCCUUGUAUUCUCCCUGUAAGAAAGUGAUUGACCCUCACGAAUAACCGACGAACUGAGCUUCGGCAGACUAUAGACAGGCUCUGCUUUGCAUCAGACAUUGCAUAUUUCAUUGCAGAGCUAGAAGGUAUUUUCUUGGAGUGGACAUUUCGAAGCAGAGUUUGUUUGGAUAAUGGCCAUCCUAUUCAAAGUAGGCAUCCUGUCCCCAAAAGUGCUUAUGGAAAGGCGUCAAAGGAAAAAAGUUGAUGUCUGUAAACCCUCUAUUGAUGUUAAUGAGUGUUUGUGUUCCCCCACUGUUGUUGUAGCGGGUCCUGCUCAGACGGCUUCCAUGUCCAAAUUACAGAAAGGAAAUAUCGGAGGACAAUCCAUUGUUGAGGAGCACAAGAAGGAAGCCGUCAGCAAGGCGCGCCAAACUCGGGCUUCCAAGUCACAGAGCUCACACUUAUAUUUACAACUAUUUAUUAUGACAAACUAUUUUUCGCUGGUCAGUAGAAAGUUCCUUUCGAAGUACAGACCACUCUGUGGCAGUAAACGAUGACUCGGAUUCUCAGACAGUCUUGGUGGGAUUGAAACUAUUCGCAAUGGACAGUUUCCAAAUAUCUAGGCCUAACAUAUACUAUAACCGCCGUGAAAACGUAGUUAUGUGUGAGAGAAACGGCAGCAGUUUCGUUGGGACUCAACUCUGAAAGCCAUCCGUGACAAAAAUAUAUACAUGUUCUGAAAGCCACAGAGUGAACUUGUUUGCCAGACGACGCUUUGUUUUUUCUAGCAACUUGUGAAGGUUGCUACCUCGCCCUCCUCAAAGUCAUUGCUACGCGGACCAUUGAGAUUAUUUUUGCAGACAGCGCUCAAAAAACUCUUUCGUUGUAUCUUGGCUUUGAUCCGUAAUCGCGGCUUUCUUUUGCUGAAGAGCACCACUAAUAAUAAAUAGACUUUGAAGGUAAAUUUGACGUGGAUUCGCUGUGAUACACAAGGUGCUUUCCUACUUUAUUGUAGUCUGUAAACGGACCAAUUCCACGCUAAAACUAAACGAACCACGUGGCCCGUGGUGAACAAAAAAACAAUUUGUUUUCCCGCCGAUGACGACGCAUAUUUUUUCACGAUCCUCUUUGUAUUUUUAUAUACGAAGCAGUUCUAGCACUUGGCUCGAUGUAUUCUGUCCCGGUGCUGUCAAUGUGUUUCCCCGCAACUAGUUCCGACCUGAAAUCUUUAGAAUGCCACUCCACCAGUGUUUCCCUCCUUGAAAAAUAGACUCGCCUUAUGAAUGAAAUCAAAGGCGCAAAUAACAUAGAUAGGCAAUAUAAAGUACAGGGUGGCUAACAAAAACCAGUACUUUUUUCACUGUGUAGGGGGAAAAUGUUUCGGAGAGUGUAAAUAUGGUGCGAGUGAUUUGGUGUGAUAUUUUAGUGGAAAUCCUGUGUGCAAGUUUAUAUGCACCACCCUCCCCCACAAUUAUAGCAGAUACGAUGAUAGUCAGGGAGGUUUUGUAGAAUUUGUUGUAGUCAGUGUAUUGUUGCUACGGAAAGCGAGGUGUACAGCUGCGAGCUACGUUAUAUUAACGCCAGUGAAAAGGAUAUUAAAGGAUGUUAUUCUA